AUGUCUGAACGAGAAUCCGGAGUAUACUCCGAGUCGUUUUUAAGUGAUUAUCGCGGAUGUGACCGUCAAAAUCAAAACAUCGAUGGGAUGCAGUUCCCGGAAGAUAAUAACAGAUCACUUGAACUGUUAGAAAACUUGCAAGCAAGAGUUGCUGUGAUGGAAAAGUCGAACUUGGCCACGAAAAUUGAACUACAGAAAUCAAUCACUCGAACAUCUGAACUAGAAAAAAAGAUACAUCAAACAACCCAAAUCUUUGGACAAGUUGAAACGCAGGGCAAACUCAUUCAGCUACUCCAGUCCCAACUUGAAGAUACUAAGUUAUCGGUAAAGCAACUUCUCGAUAACUCAGCCACUAAUAGAAAUGGGAUUGUUCCAUCCCUAGAAAACCAGCCUAAUCCUGAUUCUGAACUCGCAAAGAUGGUCAGAGACCUUGGACCGAAGAACGGAGCCGACCAUUUUACAGAAGAGGAUCUAAGACGUCCUAUGUUCAAAAGUGACGUGAAAAACAUUCUAAAGAUGAUUUCAAUGGGUCAGCUACGGGUUAAUUUUAGGUUUCCCGGUAAUCAAGACCUGAAUAUCCAGGCUCAAGGCUGGGAGCUAGAACUCAAAAGUGAUAGAGGAACUUCUUCACUUAGGAUACGUAAUAAAGAUGGAGGAGUUCGAUUUGAUGCAAGAGUGGUUCAACAAGCCGCAAAAGGAAAAUACGAGAUUUCAAAUGAGACAAGUGUCUCGGUCGGAAGAUGGGAGUCGAUAACGGUUCAUAAAAUCGGAUCCGGGAAUAUCACUUGGAAUGUGACUUUGCUAAACUAG